AAAAAAAAGGGACAAAAAUGAGAUUUGCAUAAAGUAGAGAUACAAAAUUGAGAAGAAAAAAAAAUCCUCUUCACUAAAAAAAAAAAAACUUCCGUUAUCGAUCUCUAUCUCUCUCUUCCCCCACAAGGGUGGCGAUUCGAGGAGUUUCCAUGGUGGAACAGAAACCCUAGAGCCUUUAUGCUGCCACUAAUUAUCACUCUUCACUAUUGAAUUGGGGAUGGACUCAGAGAAAAUCCUCAAUCCAAGACUUGUUUCGAUUAAUAGCACCAGCCGCAAAGGUAUGUCCGUUGAGUUGCCGCAGAAACCGCCGCCACCGCCGUCGUUGUUAGACCGGUUUAAAGCUUUGCUUAAUCAGCGUGAAGAUGAGUUCGGUGGUGGUGAAGAGGUUUUGCCUCCGAGUAUGGAUGAGAUUGUUCAGCUUUAUGAGGUUGUUUUGGGUGAGCUUACUUUCAAUUCUAAGCCUAUUAUCACUGAUCUCACUAUUAUCGCUGGUGAACAACGGGAACAUGGUGAAGGAAUCGCUAAUGCUAUUUGCACUCGAAUCCUUGAGGCUCCUGUUGAGCAAAAGUUGCCAUCUCUGUAUCUUUUAGACAGCAUUGUUAAGAACAUUGGGCGGGAUUAUGGUCGCUAUUUCUCAUCCCGUCUACCCGAGGUCUUCUGCCUUGCAUAUAGGCAAGCACAUCCGAGUUUACAUCCGUCAAUGCGUCACCUGUUUGGGACUUGGUCGAGUGUUUUUCCACCACCUGUACUACGCAAGAUUGAUAUGCAAUUGCAACUUUCAUCUGCAGCAAACCAAUCUUCCGUAGGGGCUUCUGAGCCUAGUCAACCAACGAGAGGUAUACAUGUUAAUCCAAAAUAUCUUCGCAGGCUGGAGCCCUCAGCCGCCGAAAAUAAUUUGAGAGGAAUUAAUUCCAGUGCAAGAGUUUAUGGCCAAAAUUCACUCGGUGGGUAUAAUGAUUUCGAAGAUCAGUUAGAGAGCCCAUCUUCACUGUCUAGUACACCAGAUGGUUUUACCAGGAGGUCUAAUGAUGGAGCUAAUCCUUCUAAUCAAGCUUUUAACUAUGGAAUGGGUCGAGCUACUAGCAGAGAUGAUGAACAUAUGGAAUGGCGAAGAAAGGAAAACUUAGGCCAAGGAAAUGAUCACGAAAGACCUAGAGCGUUGAUAGAUGCAUAUGGAGUUGACACCAGCAAACACGUAACGAUCAAUAAACCAAUUCGCGAUAUGAAUGGCAUGCACAGUAAGAUGGUUACACCAUGGCAGAACACUGAGGAAGAAGAGUUUGAUUGGGAAGAUAUGAGCCCUACCCUAGAUCGUAGCAGAGCUGGUGAAUUUUUGCGAUCAUCUGUACCAGCAUUAGGAAGUGUAAGGGCAAGACCCAGAGUAGGAAACACAAGUGAUUUUCAUUUAGAUUCUGACAUUAAGAAUGGUGUAAGUCAUCAGCUACGAGAAAAUUGGAGUUUGUCACAAAAUUAUCCACAUACAUCCAACCGUGUUGAUACAAGAGCAGGAAAAGACUUGAAAGUAUUGGCUUCAUCUGUAGGGUUAGUUUCAUCAAACAGUGAAUUCGGGGCUCCUCCAUUUGAUAGCAUUCAAGAUGUUAACUCACGUUUUGGCCGGGCUCUUCCUGAUGGGACAUGGCCCCAUUUGAGUGCUAGAGGACCCAACUCUCUCCCUGUACCUUCUGCUCAUUUGCAUCAUUUGGCAAAUCCCGGUAAUGCGAUGUCAAAUCGCUUGCAAGGUAAGCCUUUAUAUAGGCCCGAAAACCAGGUCUCUCAGAGUCAUCUUAAUGAUAUGACUCAACAGAAUCAGAUGCUAGUUAAUUAUUUGCCAUCCUCAUCUGCUAUGGCUCCAAGGCCAAUGCAAUCGUUGUUAACCCACGUAAGUCAUGGGUACCCUCCACAUGGGUCAACCAUUAGACCAUCUUUAUCAAUCCAAGGUGGGGAAGCCAUGCAUCCUCUUUCUUCAGGAGUUUUAUCUCAGAUAGGAGCCUCUAAUCAACCACCAGGUGGCGCAUUCUCUGGUCUGAUUGGCUCUCUCAUGGCUCAAGGUUUGAUCUCAUUGAACAAUCAGCCUGCUGGUCAGGGACCAUUGGGGUUGGAGUUUGAUGCAGACAUGCUCAAGAUACGUAAUGAGUCUGCAAUCAGUGCUUUAUAUGGGGAUCUCCCGAGGCAAUGCACAACCUGUGGUCUACGCUUCAAGUGCCAAGAAGAGCACAGUAAGCACAUGGAUUGGCAUGUAACCAAGAACAGGAUGUCCAAGAACCAUAAGCAGAACCCUUCUCGGAAAUGGUUUGUAAGUGCUAGCAUGUGGCUCAGUGGUGCAGAAGCACUUGGAGCUGAAGCAGUACCAGGGUUCUUGCCCACGGAGCCAACAACAGAAAAGAAGGAUGACGAAGAUAUGGCAGUUCCUGCAGAUGAAGACCAAACUUCAUGUGCAUUAUGUGGUGAGCCAUUUGAAGACUUUUAUAGUGAUGAAACCGAGGAAUGGAUGUACAAAGGUGCGGUAUACAUGAAUGCUCCUGAAGAAUCAACAACAGAUAUGGACAAGUCUCAGUUAGGUCCUAUAGUGCAUGCAAAGUGCAGGCCAGAGUCCAAUGGGGGUGAUAUGGAAGAGGGUAGUCAGAGGAAAAAGAUGCGGAGUUAGAUCCCUUAGACCGAAUUUUAGGUCUUUUUCUUGACUACAUUUAAGUUACAUUCUUAUUUCUUCAUCAUCUAUAUGCACUUAGUCACAGAAUACCACCAAUGAAGAGAAAUGAUGGAGAGAGUCUUCUUUCUCCUAAAACUGUACCAUUGAAAAAAAGAGGUUUACACCCACAUAUAUUAUCAUUCUUUAUGCCUCUAAAUUCCUGUUGUGCCUUAGGACAUGGAUAUCGUGUAACUGUUCUGCAUUCUCUGCUACACCUAACCUGGGGUGCUUGUAGUAGUAAAAUCAGAUGUCGCAACAGUAGUUUCCCCAUGUAAAUGGAAUACAAUGUCUCUGUUUCGGAUUGUCUUUUUCUUUUUCAUCUUUAGAUAUUGCAGGGAAAGCCCGAGAAGACUGAUAUUCGAAUGUGAACAGAUUUCUUAUGAUGAAUGGAUCUCAUAGAUGCUGUUGCUAAGAGAACCAGUUUCAGGUUUCUUCUUUAGAGCUUUCCCUGUCUGAGUUUUACCUUUCUAUGUUAGGCUGUUAGCUAAAAAUGUUAGUUAACAUAACUCUCUUUAAGCGUAUUUGUUCUCUUGACUUUGUCUAUAAUGAAACAAGUUUUACUUUUC